CUAGGCAUGCAUACUGUUUCUACAAAUAUUUGUGAAAAAAUGGGUCACUCUCUGGAGCUCAGUGAAUUCAAGCAUGGUACCGUGAUAGGUUGCCAUCUGUGCAAUAAGUCCAUCCGUGAAGUUUCCUUGCUACUAAAUAUUCCAUGGUCAACUCUUAGUGGUAUCAUAACAAAGUGGGAGCAACUGGGAAUAACAGCAACUCAGCCUCUGCCAGUGGACUUUAGAGCAGUAUAGACUUGUUCUCUGGAGUGAAAAAUCACGCUUCUCUGUCUGGCAAUCCCAUGGGCGUGUUUGGGUUUGGCAGUUGCCAGGAGAACAGCACUUGCCUGACUGCAUUGUGCCAAGUGUAA